CCAUCGCGGGGGAUUUUCAAUUUUUGCUCUUCUUCUUCUUCUCUCUUCAGCUUCAGCGUCACCCUCGACUUCAACGCCUGCUUCGAUUCCAGCUUCUUUGCGCCAGCAACUCCUCGACCCUUCUCAACCAGCCCUCCGUCGUCUUCUCCGCCAUCAUGAUUAUCUUCAAGGAUAUCAUCACCGAUGACGAGCUCAUCUCGGACGCCUACAAGAUGCAAGACAAGGGCGUCAUCUACGAGGUCGACGCAAAGCGAGUCACCAAGGGCGCUGACAACAUCCGUACGGCUCCCUUAUUCACCUCCUUCGCUUUGUGUUUAGGUGUGGUGGCUAACCGGGGAGUAACACUUGUUCAUAGAGCUCGAGGGAGCCAACCCUUCCGCCGAAGAGGCCGACGAAGGCACGGAGGAUACUAG